AUUUAAUUUUUAAAUGUUUUCAUUUCAGUAAUAGUAAAUAAAAUAUGAAUUUACAAUUGUCAAUUUUAAAUUGGCAUUUAAUUUGUUACAGGAGCCUAGAGAUUGAUACAGAAGUGCCUUCUAUUUCCACAAACGUUGAGGAUGAUCAUGCCAAUUUAAGGGAUGAGUUGGAUUCUUCUUUAGCAGUGAUUGAUAUCAGGGUACCUUGUCCUGUGUGUUCUGCCUUGUAUUCAGAAGACUUCAUUGAAGUACAUGCCAGUACCUGUGGGGAAAGAGUUCAAGAUAGACCAAACAUAGAUUUGGAAAUUACAGAACAACACGAAGACAAUCAAAACAGCCUUACAGAAUUAGUCAGCAAACUUAAAGAGGCAAUAGACCCUACAACCAUUUUCAGUGUCUGUGUCACAAGGGAGGACAUGUUCAACCGAGGCUUGGCACAAUGGAAGCGGCAGAAGAAGUCGUCUCCAAAGAAUCCCCUCAGAGUUACUUUCAUUGGAGAGCUUGGGACAGACAGUGGUGCUCUUAUGAAAGAAUUCCUGACCGAAAUGAUGGCCGGGAUUGAAGCAAAAUUCUUCGAGGGAGGGAAUUUUGGGAAAAAUCUGAAGUAUUCGAUUACAGAAUUUCAGAAUGACAAUUUCAGGACAGUUGGUGAAAUAAUGGCUGUGAGCAUUACACAGGAUGGCCCUCCACCUAACUUUUUCAUGGAGUGGAUGUACAAUUUCAUCUCUACCGGGGAGAUCAAUAAAGAUCAGCUGUCAAAGGCUGAUGUAACCGAUGCAGACCUGCUAGAUCUUAUUGCUAAGAUUGAGACCGCAGACGCUACAGCCUUGCUUGACCUUUCGGAAGGAAUUGUAGCAUGUGGAUACACUGGACCUCUAACGUGUGAGAGAAAGGAGGACAUUCUCAGUGCUGUUGCCCUGCAUUCUUGUGUGCGAAUCCUACCAAUGCUGCAGCAGAUGUGCAAAGGAUUAGAGCUCUAUGGCCUCCAUAAAAUGGUGAAACAAAAUCAGCCUUUAUUUCAGCCUUUAUUUGUUCCUGGCCAUUUCACAAAACCUGAUGCAGAUUUUCUCAUGAUGGCCCUGUUACCCGUUUUAAGUGAGGUGGGUUCGGUAAAGCGCCAGAGAGAAUCAAGAAUUGUGAACUACUUACAGGACUUCAUUCAAAGCCUUGAAGAAGAAGAAGUGAGCAGUGGUAGGGAGAGCAGAGGUGAGGACGACAACAAAAAGGUAGAUGAAACGGAGGACCGUACAAAAGAAAACGCAGAACAAGACCAGAUCACCGUCAGCAGCUUCAUGCAGUGGCUUACUGGUCAGGGACAUGUUCCCAUUACGUCUGCACAAAGAGAAAAAUUUGGAAUACACAUAGAAUUUGAUCAUGACUGUCAGCUACAAUAUGGGAUAUUGGGACCAGUGGAAUUAAGCAGGUGUUCGAGAGCCCUCAACCCAUCUGAACACAAAGGGCUUUCAAAUUCAGGAACAACAACCCCCGAAAUCUUCACAGGCAUCAACCAGUCUAGAUCUGGCUCUUCCAUGUCCUGAAGGUACAGAAAUUGAAUACAUAGUCAAAAAUCAACUUGGAGGAAUACAUGGACUGUGUGAAGUUCGUUCAAAGCAAGCUCUGAGCAGUGUCUCCCAACAAUGACAGCACCGAGCUUUGUUCACAUAAAUGCAGAAUAAUGCUUAAUUCAUCAAAUACUAAUGAUUAUUAAAGGUGUUAACUAAUAAUCAUACAUUAAUGAAGAGCUGUCCUAACUACAGCUGGAUUGACGCUGGAAUAAAUAAUGAUAAAGAUUUUGCUUGGAUUAAGAUUAACUUUUGGACGCCCCAUAUUUAACCUUAAUAUUUCACCUUAUGUGUGUUUUUAUGCUUGGACUUUCUUUUGAGUCCAUAUGUGACGUAAAUAAAUGAUAAAAGGACAAUAAAUAAUCUUGAUCAUUGUGCUGGUGGUGUAAAGGAAUAAAGAUGACUCUUACAGCAUGUUUAAUGGUUUUCAUUUAAUGAUUUGUAGAGUUUCAUUGUUAUUGAGCUGUUUAUAAGUCACAGCACGGUGAGUUUAAAGGGAAAGAGAACAACACAAAGCUGACAAGAUCAAUCAUGAAGCUCAAAUCAAGAUAUUAAAUUAUUUCAAUUUAUUUCAAAGUCAGAGUGUUUCUUAUUCUUUUUUAAAUGGCUGUUUGAUUUAGUUUAGCUAAAUGUUAAUUAUAUCAUAUUGAUUAUCAAACAUGUACUGACAUGUAAUUAA